CUUGCUGGUCUCAGCCUUCACAAAGCCGCACCGAACCUAACAACAGCCCUGUCUACCUGUGAGAGAGGGAAAUGAAAAGGAGGCUACAGAAGAAAUACUUCAUUUUAAUUCUAGGAUAUUCCGUGUUACUUCUGUUAAUUCCGUAUAUGCUGGACUACAGGAGUAAAUCAGGGCAUAUUAAACAUGGCAAGCAACAGCCGAGGUGCCCCGACCUCGAUGUGUGGAAUAACGGGGACAAGUUCAGCAACACUACGGGUACCGUGGAAGAGACGGUAGUCAACAGGAGCCAGUCUAAAAUACACGUUUAUUUACAUGCUACAUGGAGGACGGGGUCAUCGUUCUUAGGAGAGUUAUUCAAUCAACACCCGGAUGUGUUUUACCUCUACGAGCCCAUGUGGCAUGUAUGGCAGGCUCUCUAUCCAGGAGAUGCGGUCAGUCUGCAAGGAGCAGUGCGUGAUAUGAUGAAGGCGUUAUUACGAUGCGACUUCUCAGUUUUAAAACUGUACACAGGGAGCCAAAAUAUUACCACGUCUUUUAUAUUUGGAUGGAGAAAGAACAAAGUGAUCUGCUCGGAACCUCUAUGUGAGGCGUACAAGAGAAACGACGUGGGAUUAGUCCAAGAUGACGUCUGUGGAAAGUGUCCAAGGAAAGAUAUCAAAGAGUUGGAGAGGGAGUGCAAGAAGUACCGCGUCGUGGUAAUCAAAGGUGUGCGGGUUCUGGACCUCGGUGUACUCGUCCCGUUAAUGAGAGAUCCCGCUUUAAAUCUCCAGAUCAUUCAGUUGUUUAGAGACCCGCGGGCAGUGCACAAUUCACGACUGAAAUCGAAACAAGCUCUGGUCAAGGAGAGCAUACAGGUACUGAGGAGUAAAAAACAGACGGAGAAAUACAAGCGUCUACUGGUGCCAAACAACAGGGGGAACCGGGCAGAGAAUUAUGUCUCUAGCGCAAUGGAACUAAUAUGUGACAACUGGCUGAACGACAUGAUGCUCAUGAUGAACGCGCCCCCCUGGGUGAAGAGGAAUUACAUCAAGAUCCGCUACGAGGACUUGGUUCUACAUCCCAUGGAGGAACUCAGGAGACUCUACAGCUUCUCCAAACUCUCCUCCUUUCCUGCCAUGGAUAAGUUCGUGUUGAACAUGACCCACGGACACGGUUACUCCUCAGACAAACCGUUUGUAAUAUCGUCCAGGGACGCUAAGGAAGCCAUCUUCGCAUGGAGAGAGCGGUUGAACAUUGAGCAGAUCUCCCAAGUGGAAGACUACUGCAGUGAGGUCAUGAGACAACUGGGCUAUCAGAAGAACAGUGUGGAUCAAACAUAGACAUUACAGCAUCAGGAUGGUGGUGAUGGAGGUGCCUGAAAUUGAUGGGAGAAACUACGAUGGCAGGAGUGGCAGACUGGUGGCAAAGGGAAGAGGAACUGAGAAGCAGCAAGACUUGAAGGAGAGAGGAUACACAGGGAAGGAGUCUCACGGGCAGGACAGAAGCAUGUCAACAUGAAGAGGACUUAGAGGGACAGACAUGUGCUUUAGAUGCUACAAUGAGUUGUGCUUCCUGUUUGUGGAUCUGUCAAACGUGUUUGAUACUGCUUUUUCCAUUGAACAAGUUGUCCUCCACUGGCCUGAGCUCCGAGGCCUGAGCUCAUGACAUCAAUCACGAUGUCCUGAGUCCGAAUGUCUUGACGUACGUAAAGGGUGUUCCCCAGGGAUCGAUGCUAGAACCGGCUCUUUUCAUUAUUUAUAUUAAUGCUAUUGGUCAAUUUGUUUAAUAAAAUCAUUUAACUCCUGUUUAAUACGGGGGCAACUACAUGUUGUUUUCAAGUUCUCUUCUAAUGAUCUCAGAUGAUUCUAUAAUCAGACCAGGCCCAUAAAUCAGCCUUUAAUUUCCGUGCACCUGACGUGAGGAGUGAUCUACAAUACCCUUUAAAUUGGAGGAAUUGAUGCCUCUAGAGCAUUUCAGACAGUUAUUAGGUCACGUUUUUUAUAAUUGGGUUUUGCUUUUCGUGUAUAAGAACAGUGUACAUAUUAAAAUACCUAUCAGCCAAAAGUUUGGACACACCUA